GUAGACUCUCUCUGCCGCUGCCGCUGCCCUUUCCCCCUUCUCCUCCUCCUUCUCGGCUGCCUGCAGCCCACCCCGCACCAACGCGCUUUUCCCCCCGCACCGAGCGCCCCUAGGAUUACUUAACCUAACCCCUUCCCCAACCAAGGCCUCAAUUCCAUUCUCAUUUCCAAUUUCCCUUUCCUUCCCCAGAGCAGCGAGACGACGACGAGAGGACGGAGGAGUGAAGCGCGAGAGAGGAGGAAGAGGGGAAAGGCGUUUUAGAUCUCGUGGUGAGGAUGUUGAGGGCUGUCGCGAGGUGCUGCGGGCACUGGCCGCCGGGUGCGGCGGCGGCGGACGGCAUGCUGUGGCAGACGGAGCUGCGGCCGCACGCGGCGGGGGAGUUCUCCAUGGCGGCCGCGCAGGCCAACCUCAUCAUGGAGGACCAGGCGCAGGUGCUCGCCUCCCCGGCAGCCACGCUCGUCGGCGUCUACGACGGCCACGGCGGGCCCGACGCCUCUCGCUUCCUCCGCUCCAGCCUCUUCCCCCAUGUCCAACGCUUCGCGAAGGAGCAGGGGGGCAUGAGCACGGAGGUGAUCCGGAGGGCGUUCGGCGCGGCGGAGGACGAGUUCCUGCAGCAGGUGAGGCAGGCCUGGCCGAAGCGGCCGCGGAUGGCGGCCGUGGGCUCCUGCUGCCUGCUCGGGGCCAUAUCCGGUGACACGCUGUUCGUGGCGAACCUCGGCGACUCCCGCGCUGUUCUCGGCCGUCGCGUGGUCGGGGGCACUGUGGCCGUCGCCGAGCGGCUCUCUACCGAUCAUAACGUGGCUUCCGAAGAGGUCCGGAUGGAGGUCACCUCACAAAACCCAGACGACGGCCAGAUCGUGGUGCACACCAGAGGGGCGUGGAGAGUGAAGGGGAUAAUUCAGGUAUCCAGAUCCAUUGGGGAUGUCUACUUGAAGAAACAGGAAUAUAGCAUGGACCCCUUAUUCCGGCAAAUCGGCCCUGUUAUUGCGUUGAAGAGACCUGCUCUUAGUGCUGAACCACAAAUUCAGGUUCGCAAGCUGAAACCAACUGACCUGUUUCUGAUAUUUGCAUCAGACGGUCUCUGGGAGCAUCUUAGCGAUGAUGAUGCUGUGCAAAUUGUCUUCAAGAAUCCAAGAACGGGAAUUGCAAACCGAUUAGUACGGGCUGCUUUGAAGGAAGCCACCAAGAAGAGAGAGGUCAGUCUGCAUGAUCUGAAGACGAUAGAGAAAGGAGUGAGGCGCCAUUUCCACGACGACAUCAGCGUCGUCGUGGUCUAUCUUGACCGGCACCGCGGGCGCCGUCACACCAGGGUCGUGGACUCGAGCAGCAACUGCACUAGCGCCCCCGUCGACAUCUACUCCUCCAACUCCGGCAAAUCUGCACAGUCACUGCAAGCUUACCGUGACUCCGGUUAGUAGACCGGAUGGCCAGCAAGCUUUAAACUGUCUCCGGGUGGUAAACGUUAGAGUUGCAGAUCAGCAACGCAAACUGCAACCGCAAGCAUCCCAAAAAAACGCGGAAUGUACAUAAAUAGUGCGGGCGCGUUGGAUUUUGAUGCCGGAGGGGAUAGUUUUUUCUUCUUCUUUUACUUGUGUAAUCGCAGAUUUUUUGUUUGUUCGUCUCUGCUUAACCAGCAGUUAGCCUGUGAAUUAGAGCGGGCAAGUUAAUCUAGCAGUAUGUCAUACUGAAAGCAGGUUCCAAAAUCUGUCAACUUCCUUAUCCCUUUGGAUAGUUUGGUCUCGUACUUGCUAUC